AGGGUUGAGCAGGACCAAGGAUUAGUAAUGGCGGCGUCUGGGGAGCCCGGGAGGCCCUGGCAGGAGGAGGAGGCAGCAGCGGUGGUGGUGGUGGGUUCCUGCAUGACCGACCUGGUCAGUCUUACUUCUCGCUUGCCAAAAACUGGAGAAACCAUCCACGGACAUAAGUUUUUUAUUGGCUUUGGAGGAAAAGGUGCCAACCAGUGUGUCCAAGCUGCACGGCUUGGAGCAAAAGCGGCCAUAGUCUGCAAGGUUGGCAACGAUUCUUUUGGCAAUGAUUACAUAGAAAACUUAAAACAAAAUCAUAUUUCUACAGAGUUUACAUAUCAGACCAGAGAUGCAGCUACAGGAACAGCCUCCAUAAUUGUCAAUAGUGAAGGCCAGAAUAUCAUCGUCAUAGUGGCUGGAGCAAAUCUGCUUUUGAAUACUGAAGACUUGAAGGAGGCAGCCAGUGUCAUUAACCGAGCCAAAGUGAUGAUCUGCCAGCUAGAAAUAAGCCCAGCAGCUUCUCUGGAAGCUCUGACAAUAGCCCGCAGGAGUGGAGUGAAAACCUUGUUCAACCCAGCCCCAGCCAUGGCUGACCUGGACCCCCAGUUCUAUACCCUCUCCAGUGUUUUCUGCUGCAACGAGAGCGAGGCUGAGAUUUUAACAGGCCAUGCAGUGAGUGACCCGACCACGGCUGAGAAGGCUGCAUUGGUUCUCCUAGAACGGGGCUGCCAAGUUGUGGUCAUCACCUUAGGGGCUUCAGGAUGUGUGACACUGUCACAGGCUGAGCCUGUUCCAAAGCACAUUCCCACAGAAGCUGUCAAGGCUGUAGAUACCACGGGUGCUGGUGACAGUUUUGUGGGAGCGCUGGCCUUCUACCUGGCUUACUACCCCAAUCUGUCCUUGGAAGAAAUGCUCAAGAGAUCCAAUUUCAUCGCUGCAGUCAGUGUCCAGGCCACAGGAACACAGUCCUCUUAUCCAUACAAAAAAGACCUCCCUCUUGCUCUAUUUUGACCACUGCUAACCCAAUAAAUACAAUCUGGGAAGUAAAUGCA